CCCCCUAUAGUUCCAAUCCUUUUAGACCCUAUAAAUUGAACACAUAUGAAGCAUUCUUCUGCACUCAAAAUUUUCAUUACUAGCAAACCAAACUUCUCAUUUCAAUUAUAAUAGUGCUGAAACAAUGGGGAGCAAGAAGGUACAAUCUUCAGUAAGCUUUUCGAUGAUGUUGUUCAUGGUUUUGAUGAUUAACAGUCAAGUUGUUAAUGGAGCAGUGUCAUGUGGAGAUGCAGUAUCUGAUCUUGUUCCAUGCGGUUCAUAUUUGAUGGGGUCUGGUACUAAUUCUUCUCCAACGAAAGAAUGCUGUGAUGGUGCACGGAAACUGAACCAAUUUGCUACUACUACUGCUGAUCGUCAGAGUUUAUGCGCAUGUUUGAAACAGACUGGACCUUCUUUUGGAGUUCAAGAAGAUAAGGCGAAACAACUCCCUGUUCUGUGCAAGCUUAAACUUAACAUCCCCAUUAGUCCUAAUGUUGAUUGCUCUAAAGUCCAGUGAACGUAAGCGGAAUUUGCAGGAGAGCUCGAGUUAUAUGCUUAGAAUAAGACUGGUGGAGUUUGUGAUGCCGCUGUGACUAGUGGUAGACUUACAUCAUGGAUGCAGAGCCAAGCCAUUUUUAUUGUGUUGUGUUGUUAGUGCGGAUACGCAUAUGUAGUGUGUGAAACUUUGCAAGCAUUAAUAUAAAGAUCUUUUACUAUCUUGAUCAGCAA